GUGGUUAAUGAGAUCAAAUAACAUGUUAUAACCAAUACAAAAAUAUGUCUUUAAACUAGCAUAAAUAAAACGCUUAGUUUGUGCAUGUAGACUAUUUGCAUCACCGGUGUUUUGGUGAUUAGCUCAUUGCGUCGACCGAGCAGCAGCAGCAGCAGCAUCAUCAUCAUCAUCAUCAGACUACGGAAGUCACAGCUUUGCUCUAUGACUUGUACGAACACGAUUCUUGUACGCUUAUUCCUGGUUUCGCCCCUUGUGCUGUGUGUUUUCUUGAGUAUAACUAGCUAUUUGUAACUAUGGCGAAGGUGGAUACCUCCUCUAGCAGACCUUAUCACAUUGUUAUUUUCGGGGCUUCGGGUUUCACCGGGCAGUUCGUGGUUGAAGAGGUGGCCAGGAUCGUGUCGGAGGGCCCGAAUGGGACGCUGAAAUGGGCUGUGGCUGGGAGAAGCAGACAGAAACUGGACAAAGUUCUAGAGCAGGCCGCUGGAGCCCUCGGUAAGCCAGAGCUGAGGACUGCGGUGGAGGUCAUAGUGGCUGAUGUGGGAGAGCCUGAUUCUCUGGCCGCCAUGUGCAAACAGGCUGUCAUUGUUCUCAACUGUGUGGGGCCAUACAGGUUCUGGGGUGAGCCUGUGGUGAAGGCAUGCGUGGAGAACAGCGCACACUGCAUUGACAUCUGUGGAGAACCCCAGUUCCUAGAGAGUAUGCAGUUGAAUUACAACAGCCAGGCAGCUGAUAAGGGAGUGUACAUCGUGGGGGCUUGUGGCUUUGACUCCAUACCUGCAGACAUGGGAGUCCUCUACACCAGGGAACAAUUCAAAGGGACACUUACAGCUGUGGAGAGCUUCCUGACAGCCAGCACAGGACCUGAGGGUGGAUCUAUCAAUGACGGGACAUGGAAGUCGGCCAUCUAUGGUUUUGCUGACAGCGGGAAGCUGCGGAGCCUCAGGAAGAAGUUUGGACACAAACCUCUCCCUGUGGUGGGCUCAAAGAUCAAACGCAGGAGUGCCCUGUUCUAUAGUAAUGAGGUUCAGCAGUAUGCAGUCCCGUUCAUGGGAGCCGACCCCUCGGUGGUGAAGAGAUCUCAACGCUUUCUACUGGAGGAACACCAGGAAACACCUGUCCAGUAUGGUGCAUAUGCAGGAGUAGGAGGUGUGGCCAACAUCGCCAAGAUGCUAUUUGCCGGGAUGAUGUUCUGGUUCCUGGUCAAAUUCGACUUUGGACGAAACCUGCUGAUUAAGUUUCCAGAGUUUUUCUCCUUUGGUUUCUUCUCCAAGGAUGGACCAACCAGAAAGCAGAUGGAGGGUUCAUCCUUCCAGUUUGCGUUCUAUGGAGAGGGCUACACUGAGGGACAGGACCCCAGCCAGGGACGACCCAACGCUAAGAUCCGCACACUAGUCCAAGGACCUGAGGCAGGCUACGUGGCCACGCCCAUCGCCAUGGUACAGGCUGCCAUCACCAUCCUGAACGAACCCACAGCCCUCCCCAAGAAGGGUGGUGUGUACACCCCAGGAGCAGCUUUUUCCAGAACCACGCUGGUGGAGCGCCUCAACAAACAUGGCAUCCAGUUCUCUGUUAUAUAAUGUGUGACCUCCUCUGACCCGACCCCUUACCCCAGGCCAUCAGUAUUGGCACUCCACUGGUGUUCUCACUAAUGGUCAUGCUGCAAAGAGAAAAUUGGCUAUGUCAGCAACAUCUUACUUAGGCUGAAGGUUAGAUUUGUCCUUCCUUCUACCUUUGCAGCAUAGCCCGAUAAGGACCACCCUCUGUCUGACUGGGACUGUAGAGUCUUUUAAGAGACCGUUACUUUAUUGUCAAAUAAUGUCGCCUCGGCUUUAAUAAACUCGCCAGUGGUUGUGCAGUUUGUGUAGAGUAGGACACAAAUGCCUCUUCUCCCCUGUGUGUGGUGGGUGUUCCAUGCCUGUGUGUGGUGGGUGUUCCAUGCCUGUGUGUGGUGGGUGUUCCAUGCCUGUGUGUGGUGGGUGUUCCAUGCCUGUGUGUGGUGGGUGUUCCAUGCCUGUGUGUGGUGGGUGUUCCAUGCCUGUGUGUGGUGGGUGUUCCAUGCCUGUGUGUGGUGGGUGUUCCAUGCCUGUGUGUGGUGUGUGUUCCAUGCCUGUGUGUUGUGCGUUUCAUGCCCGUGCGUUUCAUGCCCGUGCGUUGUGUGUUCCAUGCCCGUAUGCGUGCUGGUGUGUACCUGUGUUUUUCUUUCUCAAUAAAAAGCCUGACUGCAUUGUUAUGGAUGUUCCGGUAAGUUCUAUGUCCUUUCUCUGUUUAGUUUUCAAGCACAUCGUCAGAAACCUUGUUUGAAGAGAAUCAGCACUUAUGAACGUUUUCAGAAAUUCUUCAUUUGUGAACCAUAAUGUGCAGUAUUCCAGUAAUCCAACAGUUUUGCUGGAUCUGUUUUUAAGGAAUGUGCAGCAACAUUACUUACCUGAGAUUGACAAAGCAGUGCUUGUUUGAGUUCAAAACACACAAAGAUGGAGUGACGUGGCUUCUCUGUGUUUCACUGAUUUAUGCGUGUGUGUUGGGGCAGGUUUUGUCCUUGUUCUGUUUGCCUGCUGGGGCUAUAGUUCUUCUCUACCUGACCGAAUAAAACCAAGACUACUGAAGUCAACCAA